AUGACAGUCUACCCCCCAGCCUUCCACAUCGCCCAAGCGGUGGGCCUGACGGGCGCCGCCUGGCUCUCCGGAAACAUAAGCACAUACAGCGCAGCGAGCAUCCCCGCCAUCCUCGAAUCGACGCGCUCAGGCACCAUGACACCCACAUCAGCAGCGCAGAUCUGGCGGGCAAUGUACGAGCGCGGCAAGGCGCAGAACCCGCCGAUCGCGGCAGUGACGGCAGUGGCGCUGGGGUAUCUGUCGUGGGCGGUGCGGGCGGGCAGUCGGUUGGCGCCGUUGGUGCGCGGCGGGGCGGGGAUACUGUACGGGGCGGCGGCGGUGUUGACGGUGGGGAUUGUACCGUGGACGAUCGUGGGGAUGUCUGCUACGAAUGGGAAGUUGUUGGAGGUUGCUGAUGGGAAGGGGAAGGGGAGGGAGAAGGAGGUGGAAGGGUUGUUGGAGAGGUGGAGGGUGUUGAAUGCGGUGCGGGCUGCGUUGCCUUUGUUAGGGGGGGUGGUCGGGUUCUGGGCAUCGUUGCCUUGA